UCAAAUCUCGCUCAUGGUACUAACCAGGAAGCGAAUGGCGGAAAUACUGAUCCCUUAAAUUCACCUCACACUCCAGUUUACUACCAGUGGGUAGACGAGUGUUUUUUUCGUCAAUGGAAAGGCUAGUCUAGUUGACAGCAGCUGUUUUCAGCAUCAGACGGUGGACGGCUUUGAAGAAACUAUGUCGUCGCGUCCAAGUAGGAGGCAGGAUCGGUAAAGUGAAAGGACGUAUAUUCAGCCAAUUACCGAGCUGAGAGUGUCCUUUUCACUGACAGCCUGCCACAUUAAACAUCGACAUAUGGCCAUUCUUCACGGCGAUUUGACAGAGACAACGUAAAGGGACAAAAUCAUCAUCAUGUUUCUAAAAACAUCCUUCACCACCUUGAUCGUGGGGUUGUUUGUGGUGUAUGUGCUCCACACCUGCUGGGUGAUGUAUGGGAUAGUGUACACGAAACCCUGCGACAGGCCCAACGGUGAAAACUGUAUCACACCCUUCCUGGCAGAGAACCCGAAACUACAGUUGAGUAUCUUCACUGCUUUACGGCCCAGUGCAGAGGGAGGACAUACACUGAUCCACAAAGAGGAAGAAUUUGAUGUCAACGCCAAAUUUGAGAGGGUAGUAAAUGUCUCCCUACCCAAGAAGACCCGCAACAAUGGGACUUUAUACGCCCUGAUAUUUGUCCAUCAAGCUGGCUUCACUCCGUGGCAGGAUCCACGACAAGUCCACUUAGUGGCUCAGCUCACAACAUACAUGGUCCCAAAACAACCCGAAAUCUCUCUAAUAUCUGGGGAGGAUAAAACACAGGGUAAGAAAGAAGAAGCUCAGCAGAAGAAACGGCGUGCUGAUGCAGGAGAUGGCCCCAAUUCCCCGUCAGAUCACCCGGUUUCUCACUGGCGCACUCGCCUGACACUGAACAUCGUGGGUGACCACUUCGUGUUUGACAGAGAAUCCCUGCCGAGUGAUGUCCACAGAUACCUCCGAGUAUUCCAAAAUGGUAAAAAGAUGGUUUAUCUACCGCUGCUAUUUGUUGAUGAGCUCAGCAACAGGGUCAAAGACCUUGCGGAGAUCAACAGCACUUCCACGGACCUCCCUCUGACCAUCUCCUACGACGCCAUCUCUUUGGGGAGGCUGCGAUUCUGGAUCCACAUGCAAGAUGCUGUUUACUCUCUGCAGCAGUUUGGUUUCACAGAAAAAGAUGCAGAUGAGAUCAAAGGAAUCUUUGUGGAUACAAACCUGUACUUCCUGGCUCUGACCUUCUUUGUCGCUGCCUUCCAUCUCCUUUUUGACUUCCUGGCAUUCAAGAAUGACAUCAGUUUCUGGAAACAAAAGAAAAGCAUGGUGGGGAUGUCCAGCAAAGCAGUGCUCUGGAGAUGUUUCAGCACCAUAGUGAUUUUCCUCUACUUGUUUGAUGAGCAGACCAGUCUUCUUGUCCUCAUACCUGCUGGUAUCGGCUCUAUCAUUGAAGUAUGGAAAGUCAAGAAGGCUUUUAAGAUUCAAGUUUUCUGGAAAGGAGGCAAACCAACGUUCCUGUUUGGAAAGUUAGAUGAAUCAGAGAGAAGAACAGAAGAGUACGACACUCUGGCCAUGAAGUAUCUGUCAUACCUCCUGUACCCAUUGUGUAUUGGUGGGGCGGUGUACGCUCUAGUAUUUCUACGAUACAAGAGUUGGUACUCGUGGUUGAUCAACAGUCUGGUGAACGGUGUGUAUGCUUUUGGCUUCCUCUUCAUGCUUCCUCAGCUGUUUGUCAACUAUAAGUUCAAAUCUGUGGCCCACCUGCCCUGGAAAGCCUUCAUGUACAAGGCAUUCAACACCUUCAUCGACGAUGUGUUCGCUUUCAUCAUCACCAUGCCAACGUCCCACAGACUGGCCUGUUUUAGAGACGAUGUGGUGUUUCUCAUUUACCUCUAUCAGAGAUGGCUCUACCCAGUGGACAAAACAAGAGUCAAUGAAUACGGAGUGUCUUAUGAUGAAAAUGAAAAACCCAAAGGAAAGACACACAAGGACUAGAGAGGAGUGACAUGUUGCUGGCGUCUAUGAUGUGGUACCUGUGGGUGUAGUCUGCGGUUCCCCUGGUAUCCGCUGAUCUUAUUUGGCAUCAUUCACUGAUCUACUUCUAAAUCCUGCCUUAUUGCUGUCCAGAGGGGUACUACUUUUUGUUUUGCAGUGUGUGACAGGACAGGAAGAUCAAUCAGCUUAAUCUCAACCCCAUCUCAACUGACACUGCAUCCCAUAAAACACCCAGCUCACCACAAAGACCAUUACUAUUACAGUUCUAACACUCAGCUUCAGUGUAUGCUUCCACAGCGGCUGUUUGUCGCCAUGCCGAGCCUACUCAGCUAUAAAUUCUGUCUUUCCUUUUUUACAUGUCAAUUCACAAAAAGGGAUUUUUAUACUUUUAAUAUUCAUGUGUUUACAAAUUACAAUGAAAUGACAUAUUUUUAUUCCAGUAACUCCAGGUGUGAUACAUCUGAGCUUUCAGGAAAAAAAUCUGGUCUUCAUUAUUGCUUGAUGUUGAGAUUGAUGGUACUUAAAGUUGGAAACUGCUGACUUAAGUUACUAAAAAGUAACAGGACAGCUGAAUUUGGCAAGUAAGGCAGCACAGACACGGGUGGUCAAGAAAUGGGUGUAUUGUUAGUCCACCUAAAUAUUCCCAAAAUGAAACUUACAGAUCGCAUUCCUAUAAUUGAAAUAAUGUUAAUGAUGUUUUAUUAUUGCACACUGGAAAGGUUGUUUACCAUUUACCUCAGAACUAUUGUGUGUACUUUUCAACAUGUUUUUAUCCCAACUUAACAAAUAGAGUAGUCAAUAUACUGUAUGUAAACCCAGGGACACAAUACAGAGUGACAGUUGUGAAGUGAGAAUAAGCAGAAUGAGGGGGUAAAGUAAGUCAAAUACAAAGGGCAUCUAAGAGGAAGAAAAGUCUGCUGUUUUAAAUACAUUAAUUUCUACAAGUUAUUCACCAACUUAAUAUCCUAUGAAUUAAAGUAUAUGACCACAUACAAAUAAAUUGUGCAUUUGAAGCAGCCAUAAGAUUCUAAUGUGUUGCUGCAGAGUCAGGGAUAAAAUGUCUGAAUAUUACAAACUUAAACAUAAAAGUUCCAAAAUAAUUUAGUGUAAUUGGCCUGAAUGUGUCCUGCCCUGUCCACAGCUUGGUCAUUCCAGGAGAGGGGACCUCAAAUAGCCACACAAUCUUUUCACUACAGUCUUUUACCUCCUUGAGUAUUUUUUACAUAUCUGGGCCAAGACAACAUUUUAGUGCCAAAUGUGAGAAUUAGUCUUCAUCUGUUUUUGAACUUUGAACAUUCACCAUGAUUGGUCUAUCUGAUGUUUUUAAAUAGGACGCUGACAUUGUAGGUAAAAAUGUAAAUGGUAAGACUUGAGAAAAGUAUUACUUCAUCUGAAUUUACAGUCACAUUUGAUUUUUUCUUUCAGCCAUAUUGUUUCAUCCUUGUGUUUUUAUUUUUGAAUAGAAAUACUUUGCUUGGAAUCAGCGUACACCAUAUUCAGAUGUCAGGAUUAGGUCACAGAGAUCUAGUACAGGUUUUCUCUUCCAGUGUAUAAGCAGUCAGGAGAGAUUUACCAGAAAUUUGCCUUGGAAUGGUUUUACUUGUUGUAAUGUUUAUGCUUUUGAUGGAGAUUAAAUAAAAAUGACUGACUUAA